UUUAAUAGACGUUGGACAUGUUUUGCCGCUUCUUCUCACCGAGUCACUAUAUAAAUGCUGUGCACCGCACACCAUCAAUAUUAACUUUUCUUUCGAUAUUUCCAAACAAACAAGAAAAAAAAAAAAAAAAAACAUUUUAGCUAACGAAGUACAAAGUAGUUGUAAUGAGAGUAACCCAUCCAGAUAGUAUGAAUGAUACGACGGAGAAAGAGGCCGGGGCGGUGGAGGCGGAGGAGGUGGAGGUGGAGCGGAGGUGGGCUGCUUUACAGCGGCUGCCUACUUAUACAAGCAUAAGAAAAGGGUUGUUGAGGCUAGUGAUUGAUGAUGGGAAAGUUGAUAUUAAGGAGAUUGAUCUUCAAAAGUUGGGGAAGCAAGAGAAAAAAGUUUUGAUUGAAUCUCUCCUCAAAGGUAUUCAAGAAGAUACUGAGAAUUUCCUCAGAAAACUCAGAGAUAGAAUUGAUCGGGCUGCAAUUAAAAUUCCAAAUAUUCAAUUGAGAUACGAGCAUCUGUCCGUGGAAGGAGAAGUACAUGUAGGAAGCAGAGCCUUGCCCACUUUGCUUAAUUCUUCUAUGAAUUUUCUAGAGACAAUUCUUGGGUUGAUACGACUAACCCCAUCAAAGAAGAGGACCAUCAAGAUACUCCAAGAUGUCAGUGGAAUUGUUAAACCAUCUAGGAUGACAUUGCUUUUGGGACCUCCAGACUCUGGAAAAACUACAUUACUACAAGCACUCGCAGGGAAGCUAGAUGAAGACCUUAAGGUAACUGGAAUGAUAACCUACAAUGGGCAUGAGUUGACAGAAAUUAAUCCCCAUAGAACGAGUGCUUAUAUCAGUCAACAUGAUCUUCACUUUGGAGAAAUGACAGUAAGGGAGACACUCGAUUUUUCAGGACGAUGUUUAGGGGUUGGAACUCGGUAUAAGUUGUUGGAAGAGCUGUUAAGACAAGAGAAGCAAUCAGGGAUCACACCUGAUCUUGAUAUUGACGUCUUCAUGAAGGCCAUAGCGAUUCCAGGUCACGAAAGUGGUCUAAUUACUGAUUAUGUCCUCAAGUUACUUGGAUUGGAUAUAUGCGCGGAUACCAUGGUGGGUGAUGAGAUGAGGAGGGGCAUCUCGGGUGGUGAGAAGAAACGUUUAACCUUAGGUGAAAUGUUGGUUGGACCAACAAAAGUGUUCUUAAUGGAUGAAAUUUCAACCGGGUUGGAUAGCUCCACUACUUUUCGAAUAUGCAAGAAUUUAAGAGAUAUAGUUCAUAUGUUGGAUGUAACAAUCGUCAUAUCUCUUCUGCAACCGAAUCCUGAGACGUAUGACCUAUUUGAUGAUAUCAUUCUUCUUAUUGAAGGUCACAUUGUCUAUCAAGGUUCGUGUGAAGAUGUUCUGGAUUUUUUUGAAUACAUGGGAUUCAAGUGCCCGGAAAGAAAAGAAGUCGUUGAAUUUUUGCUAGAGGUUACUUCAAAGAAAGACCAAGCACAAUACUGGUCACCUAAGCACCAGUCUUCACAUAAAUAUAUUUCUGCUCACGAGUUUGCUCAAGCCUUCAAAUCUUUCCGAAUUGGGCAGAAACUAGCAUCGGAUCUAUGCAUUCCUUAUGACUCUAAAUCUAAAGCAACGCAAUCGGAUCUUUCGAAAGAGUUGUAUGGUACCUCCAGUUGGAAACUAUUAAAGGCAUGUUUCGCAAGGGAGUGGAUGUUGAUGAAGAGGAAUUCUUUUGUGUACGUCUUCAAAACUACUCAAUUAACAAUCAUGUCAUUGAUUACCAUGACGGUGUUUCUAAGGACAACAAUGCAUCAUGAAACAGUGGCCGAUGGAGGGAAAUACUUGGGAGCUUUAUUUUUCAGUCUCAUGAAUAUGAUGUUUAAUGGAAUGGCUGAAUUUCCUAUGACAGUCCUUAGCCUUUCGGUUUUUUACAAACAAAGGGACCUUUUCUUCUACCCUGCUUGGGCUUAUGCCUUGCCUGUUUGUGUCCUACGAAUACCACUGUCAUUCGUUGAUUCUACUAUUUGGACUGUCAUCACUUAUUAUACAAUUGGCUUUGCUCCAGCAAUUAGUAGAUUUUUUUGCCAGUGGCUAGCACUCUUCUGCACAAAUCUGAUGGCAAUGUCCUUCUUUCGCUUGCUUGGUGCCGUUGGAAGGACAAUGGUUAUUGCUAGUACUAUCUGUACCUUAACCUUGCUGUCUGUUUUUGUUCUAGGAGGAUUCAUUAUUGCAAAAGAUGACAUUGCACCUUGGAUGAAAUGGGCAUACUACCUUUCGCCUAUGAUGUACGGACAAAAUGCUAUAGUUAUCAAUGAAUUUCUUGACAAACGAUGGAGCACACCUAAUAUGGAUUCAAGAAUCAAUGAACAGACCAUUGGCAAAGUCAUACUAUCGUCGAGAGGCUUUUUUAAACAACAAUAUUGGUUUUGGAUUUGCAUAGGAGCUUUAUUAGGAUUUUUUCUCAUCUUCAACUUAUUCUAUAUACUGUCAUUGACAUACUUAAAUCCUAUUAGUCAUUCUAGAACUAUACCGUUAGAUGAUGAUGAUGAUGAUGAGAUCCAAAAGGAGGUUACUCUUGUAAAGAGUAGUACUAGCUCUUUCGUCAAUGGUGGUCCAAAAAGAGGAAUGGUUUUGCAUUUUCAACCUCUUUCACUGACAUUCAACCAUGUAAAUUACUAUGUGGAUACGUCUGCUGAAAUGAAAGGCCAAGGUUACAAUGAAGAUCGUCUUCAGUUGUUACGUGAUGUUAGUGGUGCUUUAAGGCCGGGGAUAUUAACAGCACUAGUUGGUGUAAGUGGUGCGGGGAAGACCACAUUGAUGGAUGUGCUCGCCGGAAGAAAAACUGGUGGCCAUGUCGAAGGAAGCAUCAAGAUCUCAGGGUACCCCAAAAAUCAGGCAACUUUUGCUCGGAUUAGUGGUUAUUGUGAACAAAAUGACAUCCAUUCACCCCACGUAACUGUCUAUGAAUCCCUUUUAUACUCGGCUUGGCUUCGUCUUUCUGCAGAAGUGGACAUAACAGCAAGAAAGCUGUUUGUUGACGAAGUAAUGGAUCUGGUGGAGCUUAAACCAUUAAAGGAUGCUCUAGUUGGCCUUCCCGGGGUGAGCGGCCUUUCAAUAGAACAAAGGAAAAGAUUGACAGUAGCAGUAGAGUUAGUUGCUAAUCCCUCCAUUAUAUUUAUGGAUGAACCAACAUCCGGGCUUGAUGCUAGAGCUGCGGCUAUUGUUAUGCGCACUGUGAGAAAUACUGUGGAUACUGGACGAACUGUGGUUUGCACAAUUCAUCAGCCAAGUAUAGAUAUUUUUGAGGCCUUCGAUGAGCUUCUAUUGAUGAAAAGGGGAGGACAGAUAAUCUAUGCAGGACCCAUUGGUCACAACUCUUGUGAGCUAAUUAAAUACUUUGAAGCCAUUUCCGGAGUGCCAAAAAUUAAAGAUGGUUAUAAUCCAGCAACAUGGGUGCUUGAUAUCACUAGUCCUGAAGUAGAGUCUCAACUAGAUGUUGAUUUUGCAAAUAAUUAUGCAAACUCCCCGCUUUAUCAGAGGAAUCAAGAAUUGAUUAGAGAGCUUAGCACUCCUGCACCGAAUUCUAAUGAUCUCUACUUCCCAACUGAAUACUCUCAACCAUACCUAGUUCAAUUCAAGGCUUGUUUCUGGAAGCAAUAUUGGUCUUAUUGGAGGAACUCAGAAUACAAUCUUGCUCGAUUUGUCAUGACUGUUGUCAUAGGCCUUGUCUUUGGUGUUUUGUUCUGGAAUCAAGGAGGCAAAAUAUCUAAAGAACAAGACUUGAUGAAUCUCCUAGGUGCCAUGUAUUCGGCUGUACUAUUCCUUGGAGGUACUAACACUUCUGCUGUGCAAGCUGUUGUUGCUACCGAAAGGACAAUAUUUUAUCGCGAAAAAGCAGCAAGGAUGUACUCGGUGCUACCCUAUACGUUUGCUCAGGUUGCAAUAGAGGGAAUUUACAAUGUGAUACAAACUCUUGUUUACACUCUUAUCCUCUACUGCAUGAUUGGAUUUGAAAGGAACAUCGAGAAAUUCCUGUACUUCUACUUCUUCAUCUUAAUGUGCUUCCUUUACUUCACACUAUAUGGAAUGAUGCUCGUUUCUCUUUCACCGGGUCAUCAAAUUUCCGCCAUUAUAAUGAAUUUCUUCCUCGGCUUUUGGAACAUAUUUGCUGGUUUUUUGAUUCCUAGACCGCAAAUACCAAUUUGGUGGAGAUGGUUUUACUGGGGUUCCCCAGUUUCCUUGACAUUAUAUGGUCUCGUGACAUCACAAGUUGGCGACAUCGAAUCUACUCUUCUUGUGCCAGGAGGUAGCAACAACAUAUCCGUUAAGGUUUUCCUGAAAGAAUACUUUGGUUAUGAGUAUGAAUUCCUGCCUUACAUUGUUGUGGCACAUCUUGGUUGGGUCCUUUUCUUCGUGUUUGGCUUUGCUUAUGGCAUGAAAUUCAUGAACUUUCAAAAGAGAUGAAUUAAGGAUGAAGUUCAUGAACUUUCAAAAGAGAUGAAUUAAGGAUUCAAAAUUUUUCCUUAAUUUAAUGAUUUUGGGGGGAAUGAAUUAUAUGUAAAUGUGGGUAUACUUAGUAACGUGUUGUAAUCGUUAAAUGUAAAUGGAAUAAAUAUCACCAAAUGCCAAGUAAUGAUGAAGUAAAGUAGGUAUUAUAUGAUUGAA